AAAUACGUGGCUCUUAGCGUCGAUAAUGCAACGCUUCAGAAUCGUGCAGUUUGUUACAAAAAAUCGUGGAUGAUUUUUUCAUUCUUUUUCGGUCUUUUGGCACUGUUAAAUUGUUCACGGAACUAGGGCAUCACGUUAGAAAACGUCCUUUACGUCUGUGUUUAUACGUGCAGUGAGGCGGUGCGCAAUGCAUUCUGGGACAGCAAUGGUGGGCGCGUGAUUUUGAACAAAUUCGAGAUAUCAAGAUUUUCGCAUCAGAAUACCGUGAGUUCUCGGAACAUGGCCGGGAACAAGGGAACAUCGGCAAGGGCUUUGGCCGAGCCUAUAGGUCUGGAUUCAAGAAACUUUAGCGACGGAGAUCUGAGCGCUUUGAGUCUGUCCCACAACGCGGAGCAAUAUGCUUCGAAUGACUUUGAGACAUUGGCCAGUAUCCAAGCAGAGUUGGAAUGUAUGAAUGCCGAAGAAGUGAUUUCGACAGAGGAUGACCCCGGGACAGUAGAACAAAAUACGGAAACAGAGAGCGCUGUUUCUGAUGUGGAAAUGACAGACGUUUCGGAGGAAAUACAACCUGAAGCGACAACGUUCGAGACACAAAGGCAUCCUAGCCAAAAUGUGAUAUUCCAGACGAAGCCGAGUUUGCAAAGAGUCCCAAUUACGGCAGUUCAAGCAAAGUCAAACACUGGUCAGGCAGCUCAGAGUCAAUCUAUAAUGAUUGUUUCCCCGGCUGGUGGUCAGGGUGCCAGUCAAAUAUUGAAAAUUUCACAUCCAGCCUCCGCCUCAGCAGGACAAUUACAAUCUCUCGCUCAAACACUCAUAACAGCCAAAUCAGCGGAUGGAAACAUAGUUCAGUUGAGGCCAGCUCAAUCUGCUAAACCUUCCAUGUCUACAGGACAAACAGGAAAUAUAACACUGAACAGUUUGCAGACAGUUAAAUCUGUUCAGUCGGUCAAAAGACCGGCGCAAAGUGGCCAAUCGAAUAGAAAUGUCUACACAAAAAUGAUACUAAGUGGCAAUCAAGCUCAGACCAGUGGAGAAGUUCUCAUUGCCGCUUCUCAAAACGAAAGUCAACCGCAAACUAUUAAAUUUCUGAGUACUACCGCUGGUGCCCAAGGAAUUUCGAGUCCUACAAAAACCAUUACUCUUGCACAGGCGCAACAAAUGGGUCUUAUUACUUCAAAAGUACAACAUAUUUUACCCUCUUCACCUCAAAAACAACAGGGUAUCAUCGUCAAUAAGCUGAUACAAUCUUCAAGCUCACAACCACCCAAAUUAACUCUUAUUCCAACGAGUAGCGCGAAAUCACCAACAAAAAUUUUACCUGCACCCACUGUUACGAGUCAAAUCAAACCACCCAACGCUCAAACUUCGUUCACAACUUCUGGAAAAACGGGAGUACAGCAGAGUCCACAAAAAGUUAUAAUUCGUCAGAGCGCAUUAAAGUCCGGCACGGUGUUAGGUAGUGGGCAAGUAAUCAGGAUACCUGCGAAUCAAAAUAUCGUCACGGGCGCUAAUCAGGUGCACCAAAUUCAAAUGCCCGGACGACAAGUUCAAUAUGUCAGACUCGUUAGUACUCCUUCAUCCGGUACUAGCAACGUAGUGACUGUUGGUAAACCAAAAACUCCAGGCACCCUGCAAACCGUUGGCAUGACCCAAAAAAUCGGAGGUCAACAACAAAUCGUCAAAGUUGUUCCGUUAAACACCGGAAACCAGACAUUGAGGUCGGUAGCGCCAAAAUCUUCGAUACCGAAUACCGGAGGUCAAAGACUUCUGAUUCCAGCCUCUGGAGCCUUGAGUCACACCAAAAAUACGGUGGCGAUUCCGGCAUCGGCGUUGAGUCAACUCGCAUCGGGUCAAGCAGUGAUAUCGACAACGGCGAAUGUCGGGAACAUUGUCGUUUUACCCGCUCAAUAUAUUCAACAAGGUGUUGAAGAAUCCAAAGGAAAAUCACCCUCGACCCCAAGUCUCUUGAGCAGUUCUCAGAGCUCUCAGAGUUCGUCCGGUAAUUUAUCCACGAGCUCGGCUCUAGAAGCCAAAACUUCGCAACGAACGUACGCUGGCGUUGAACCGAAUGGAAUUCGACCGAGAAAACCGUGCAACUGCACGAAAUCUCAGUGCCUCAAAUUAUACUGUGAUUGCUUCGCGAACGGGGAGUUCUGUCACAUGUGCAACUGUAACAACUGUUCCAACAACUUGGGAAACGAAGAGGAGAGACAACGAGCAAUUAAAUCCUGCCUCGAGCGUAAUCCGAACGCUUUUCGCCCAAAAAUCGGCAAGGGUCGUGAUACGGGCGACGACAUAAGACGUCACAACAAGGGUUGCAAUUGUAAACGGAGCGGCUGCUUGAAAAAUUAUUGCGAAUGCUACGAGGCAAAAAUACCAUGUUCAGCCAAUUGCAAAUGCAUAGGCUGCAGAAACGUCGAGGAGCCGGCGCUCGAGAAAAAAUCUCUCAAAGAUCUUGCCGAAGCGGUCGAGGUCAGAACUGCACAAUUGAGUCUCAACAAAGCCAAGAUUCAACAGCUCUCGGAAAUGGCAUUCAGACCCCAAGCCGCGUCGAAUACCGGAGCCAGGCAAACCUUCAAUUUCUUAACGGAUAAAGUGGUAGAAAUAACGUGCCAGUGUCUGCUGGCCCAGGCUGAGGAGGCCGAACGUAACAUGCUUGACGAAGAUACAUCACAGAGACUGAUAAUCGAGGAAUUUGGCAGAUGUCUAAAAGAGAUAAUAGAAUCUGCGCACAAAGCCGAGGCUACCUAGCACCUGCAAAGGUUUAUCAGCGUGACAUCGGACACGCAAUCAAAGGGAAGAAUAUAAAAUCACAAUUAUUUAAAGAUUUCUUCGUUGAUCGUCCUUCUUGUCUCUCGCGCUCUCUUUAAUUGUACAUUUUGUUAACGUUCUUUCGAAUGAAAUUUAUAAGAGCGUUGGAUGCCGAUAUUGCGUUACCAAAGAUGGUGCAGCGAAAGAGGAACGAUUUUCAGUUCAUACGAAAACCCAGCAAUGACAUCAGGCGAACGAAAAAUUAUCGAUAAUAAAAAAGCAAAAUAUUUUAUGCCGAUAUCGUUCUUUCCUGAAUGAUCCUGAAUUUAUUCUCAUCGUUACACAAAUCAAUUUGUUUCAAGUGAUAGAGGCAUGCUAAUGUUCUUUCUCCUUUUUUUUUUUUUGAAUUCUCGACCGAUUUGGUGCAUCAAGUCGGUCACCGUUUGAAAUAUUAUUUUUCAAACCUCUCCAUAUUACAGUUACAAUGUCGAAUAGAAUAAUCUGCGUGGCUUAGAAUACUCUAGACAAUUUACAAUCUUAAUCACUUCGGGCACUUACCAAUUGAUAACGAUUUCCCGCUCACGAUAAUUUAUUAUUCUUAACCAAUCAUUAAUUCACGUAGAAUGAAAGGAAAAUUCACACAAAUAUAUAUAUUAUAUAUACAAGAAAAUAUACCGAUAUUGGACGAGAGACGGAGGAGGGAAUAAAUUCAAUAAGCUUAGAUUAAGAACAAAUGUAAAAUAGUUGAAGAGUAUAAAUAUAUAUGUUGAUUUAUUUUCGCAAUAAGUUGUGAAUUGCACUUUCGUGAAUAUUAACAGAAAUCAAAUGAGCGACUGAAUAUUGUGUACAAAUUGCAAGAAAACGGAAAUAACUAAAUUUUUCAGUACCUUGCGAGUGAGGUAUUGAUACUUGAUGUCCAAGCUAGUUUUUUCUUUUUUUUUCCUUCUUGGGAAUUAGAUAUAAGGGUACGACACGCUUUUCGGGAAUGACGUUUAGACACGAUUUCGAAGACUUUAUAAAUCUCAAUUACAACGUGUACAUAUUUUUGUGUAAAUUAUAAAGGAAAAAAGAAAACUACAACUAUCCUGACGCAUUUAAUAUCCAAUUGUAUAACUUUCAAUCGUCCAAUAUUCGUUGCAACGUUAGCAUGUUCGUGAAUAACGAAUUCCAAUGAUGCUCACUACCCAACCGUGAACAAGUCCUGUACGUGUGUAAAAAUUUUCAAUAAAACACCACAUUGGCAAAAUUUGCUAAAA